GUAGUUUCCUGAAUCAAAAAACGUGCAGGAACUUGAAUAAAGUGUGCCGAGAUCUGAGAUGUGAAACCAGAAGAGACGAUCACAUUCACGAGGAGGAAGAACUGCAGCUCAGAAGAUCAUGAACAAAACCUCUUGUAUUAUUGUCAACUUUGAUUUCACCGGCAGAUUCCUGCCUCCUGUUUUAAUCUUGGUCUUCAUCGUCGGCCUGGUUGCUAACACAUGGGGGUUGAAGUCUUUGCGGCAGAACUGGAAGAAACUGGGUAGCGUCAACGUGUUUGUUCUCAACCUGGGACUUGCAGAUGUUUUGUAUCUGCUCACGCUGCCGUUUCUGGUGGAUUACUACUUCAAGGGGAAUGUGUGGAUCUUUGGAACUACAUUCUGCAAGAUAACGAGAUUCUGCUUCAACCUGAACCUCUACGGCAGCAUCGGAUUCCUUACCUGCAUCAGCGUGUACAGGUACCUGGCUAUUGUUCACCCGAUGAAAGUGUUGGGAAGAAUCACUGUCACUCAUUCUGUGAACAUCUCAGUCCUCGUGUGGCUGCUGGUGGCUGCCCAGAGUCUUCCAGACGUGUUCUACAUCAAGACGUCUGGAAACCAAACUGAGAAAUGCUACGAGACCACACACAGCGCAUCUGUGGAGGAUUACCUGAAGUACAGCCUGGGGAGGACCCUGACUGGGUUUUGUAUCCCACUCCUCAUCACGCUGGGCUGCUAUGGACAUAUGAUUAUCAUACUUUGCUCCAAAAACAACGUGGACAAGGAUCUGAAGCGAAGGAGCCUGAGGUUGCUGUUCAUUUUGAUCCUUCUCUUCUCUGUGUGUUACAUCCCCUAUCACCUGUUCAAGAACCUAAAUCUCUGGUCAAGAGUUCUGAGCAAACACGGGAGCUGUCACAGGUGGUCCAACGGAGUUUACAUCGCCCAUCAGAUAGGUCGGGGGCUGGUGUGUCUGAACAGCGCCCUCAACCCUCUGGUUUACCUCAACACAAGUAAAGACUCCGGCUCAGUUUUGACAUCUGCUCGUCGAGUCAUCAUGCGCCCGUUCACCACCACGGUUUCUACGGUGUGAAUGAAGAUCAACAAUUGCAUCAUCUGUAUUUGACUGGAUUGAGCUACCCACUGUAACAUAUUCCCUUUUUAAUCUGUGUUUCACAUUGCUGGUAACACGCUAAAAAAUAAAAUGUCAGCUCCGA